UUCAAUCUUGAAAAAAUAAACAAUCAAAAACACCAUAUCUUAAAAAAAAAAUGUCACUACUACCUUUAGUUCAAAAACCAUUAACCCCUUUUCCUUCUUCCAAUUUUUCUAACAAACCAAAACACAAAACCCAAAUGUCCCUCAAUUUCACCAGAAGAACAACUCUAAUUCUUUGCCCAACAAUUUCAAUCACACUUCUAAGUGAACAACAAAAUGCCAAUGCAUUUGAUUUCAGAAUCACAGUUCCAGACCAAACACUUGAAGAAGCAAAGGAUGGAAUUCAAAAUCAUGCCAAAAAUUUAUUACAAGUCAAAGAAUUAUUUGAGGGAGAAUCUUGGAAAGAAGGUCAAAAAGCAUUGAGAAAAAGCUCAGCUUUAUUGAAACAAGAUAUGUAUACUAUAAUUCAAGCUAAACCAGGUAAACAAAGACCUGAAUUGAGGAAAAUGUAUUCAAUUUUGUUCAAUUAUGUUACAACAAUGGAUUUUGCAGCUAGGGAUAAGGAUGUGCCACGUGUAUGGGAAUGUUAUGAUAAUAUUGUCAUAGCUCUUAACAAUCUUAUGUCAAGAUUAUUAUAGUUAGUGUUUUCUGGUUCAACUAAUUUCACGGGGUAUUUAUCGCCUUUCAUCUGCAAUAAGUAUAAGAUAAUUCUACCUACUAAGAUUAGAAUAUAUGGGAAGAAUAACCUAGUAUUUCAUUUGUGGGGUGUUUUUUUUUAAUCGAGUUUUGUUUAUUAUGUAUGAUGUAAUUAAGAGUUACUCUUAUAAUCAGAGUUAUGUAUGUAAUUUCUUGCGA